AUGGGCCAGAUGCUUGCGGGGAGUGCGUGUGAUGGUGCCGAGCUUGUGUCUGAGACGUUUGAGGGCAAGGCAACAAGUACUCUUCUGAAAAGAGUCCGCUGCAUCGGGAAAUACGUGCAUUGGGCGUCGGACAAUGGGUGCGAUGCUUUCCCCUUCUCAAUUGAGAAGAUCCGGAGUUACCUCAAGGAUGCUAUUUCGGGUAACAAGAAGAGUGCCAUCCGGGAUUUUGCAAGCUCCUUGAAUUUUUGUCGCUUUGUGUUGGGGUUUCAGGUGAGUGAUGAUGUGACUUCACACCCAUGGUUCAAAGGGACGAUGAGAUUUGCCAACAUCCGGCUCCGGGAUGCCCACCGAUCACGGACCUUGACUGUGAAGGAGGUGAAGCAUCUUGAAGAGGCCUUGAUCGGGGGCCAUUUGGACCGUUUUGAUCGAUAUGCGCUCGGAGUUAUGUUGUUUCAGCUGUAUGCUCGAGCCCGAGUGUCUGAUUUGCGUAAUCUGUUCAAGGUUUACCUGGACAUAACCGGGGCAGAAGGGUAUAUCGAAGCACAUACGUACGAGCACAAAAGCCGUCGCAUCACCAGUGGACCCAGUGCUGUCCUCAUCCUGGUGGCUCCGAUCCAGGGGCUCGCCUCCCAGCCUUGGGGGCUUGCUUUUGUUCAGGCUGCCAAAGAUGUUGGGUUUGACUUUGAGAAAGGUUUCAGAGGUCCGAUGUUGCCCCGUUUUGCCAGCGAUUACACUUGGUCAGGGGAUGCGGUGGAUGCUGCUGAAACCACAAGGUGGCUGAAUGGCAUCCUCAAGGCGCUGAUGGGCGAGGUCCUUGAUGGCCUAACGAGCCAUGGCCUGAAAGCCACAACACUUUCGUGGGUGACAAAGGCAAAUUACGGGGACCGUACCAUCCUCGUGCUUGGCCAUCACUCACUGGGGGCUAGGGGCAAAACUUCCGAAGCAUAUGGUCGCGAUGUGCAGGCGGGACCGUUGAGAGACUUGUGUGCAUGCUUGAAAUCGAUCAGAGUGGGGGUCUUCCUUCCAGACUUGACCCGCAGUGGCAUGAUCAGGGAGCACGCUGAGUCGCCUGAUGAGUUCCCAAGUGGUUUUGCUUCUCGCCCCUCUCUCCAGCCGGCCUUUGCACCGUCCUUCAGUGUUGCUGGCCCUGCAAAUGACACGGCGCCCGACGAGGCAGAAGGUGAGACUGAGGUUGCCAGGGAGGCCGAGGAAGAUGCAGUCUUCGGUGGCGUGAGCCCAGAUCGUGUAUGUGAGUCAGGUUCCUUGGAGUCUUCUAGCGACAGUGAAUCUUCGGGCUCAUCCAGCGAGCCGGUUGAUUAUGAUGGCUUCCUCCGAGGCUUCGAGGUGCAGGCCCCGCGUGCAACCAUAGGGGUGGACCUGGAUCUCUUCCAGAACCCUAAGACCAAAUCAAUCCACGCAAGGGCCCGAGGUGCGACGCCCGACAGCAAGAUGCUUUGCGGUCGGCCGGCAAAAGGUUUUGUUCCCUUCUCUGGAAGAGUGCACAGCAAGCAUUGGAAGUGCAAGCAGUGUACGAUGGCUAAGCCCAUCCGAGACACUGGCUCGCUUUUGCAUCACCUGGACAGGCGCCUCGAGAGGUAA